AUGGCUGUCGUCUCCCAAGGAAUUAGACCUGCAACAGCUCUCAUAUCUGCUAACGCCGUCGAUUCCAAGAGAUUUCACUUCGCAUCUUCAAAAUCUACUUCAGUUCGUUUCAUUGAGUCUCUCAUUCUUAUUGUUGCCGUAGAAGCCAGAGGAAUUGUCUGUUUAGUUAGAUCUGAUGGAAAAUCAAACGCUAGAGUUCGAAAACCUCAUCUUCAUAGUCAUAUCUCUAAUGCAGUGACAACGAAAAAUGAUGAUAAAACUGCUUCAAAACCAGGACACGAACUUCUACUUUUCGAAGCUCUACGCGAAGGACUCGAGGAGGAAAUGGACAGAGAUCCUAAUGUAUGCGUAAUGGGAGAAGAUGUAGGUCACUACGGUGGAUCAUACAAAGUUACAAGAGGCUUAGCAGAUAAAUUCGGCGAUCUUAGGGUUCUAGACACACCAAUUGCCGAAAAUUCCUUCACAGGAAUGGCAAUUGGUGCAGCCAUGACAGGUCUACGGCCAGUAGUAGAAGGAAUGAACAUGGGAUUCCUACUCUUAGCAUUCAAUCAAAUAUCAAACAAUUGUGGCAUGCUACAUUACACUUCAGGCGGUCAAUUCAAGAUCCCAAUCGUGAUUCGUGGUCCAGGAGGCGUUGGUCGUCAGCUCGGGGCUGAACAUUCACAACGUUUAGAAUCAUAUUUCCAAUCAAUCCCGGGUAUACAAAUGGUAGCAUGUUCAACACCUUACAAUGCAAAAGGGUUAAUGAAAGCUGCUAUAAGAAGUGAGAAUCCUGUUAUACUUUUCGAACAUGUUUUGUUAUACAAUUUGAAGGAAAGAAUUCCAGAUGAAGAAUACGUAUUGAAUCUUGAGGAAGCUGAGAUUGUAAGGCAAGGUGGUGAUGUGACGAUUCUGACUUAUUCGAGGAUGAGAUAUCAUGUAAUGCAGGCGGUUAAGAUGGUUGUGAAUGAUGGGUAUGAUCCUGAGGUUAUUGAUAUUAGAUCGUUGAAACCGUUUGAUUUGUAUAGGAUUGGGAAUUCGGUUAAGAAAACGCAUAAGGUUUUGAUUGUGGAGGAAUGUAUGAGAACGGGUGGGAUUGGGGCGAGUUUGACAGCUGCGAUAAAUGAGAAUUUUAAUGAUUAUUUGGAUGCGCCGAUUGUUUGUUUGUCGUCGCAGGAUGUUCCUACGCCUUAUGCGGCGACGUUGGAGGAUUUGACGGUUGUUCAGCCUUCUCAGAUUGUUUCUGCUGUUAAGAUGUUAUGUAGGUAAAAAUUGUGUUAUAACUUAUAACUCACUUUUGUUAGUUUAUAUCAUUGGUAAUGUGUAGUUUCUUUUGCACAUUUUUUACAUAAAAUUUUGAACAAAAGAAAAAUCACAUUUUAUUGGUAUC